AGUUGGUCUUCAAAGUGAGAGAAGUCAACUUAGGCGUUUCCUACAAAGCUAUAUAUUUUUGGGGGCCCGGUGAUUAACACAAAAGGGGACCAUGGUUAUGUUGAAGAUCUCUGCUUUCCUUGUUGCCUAUGCCCUGGUCAUUUGCCAGAUGUACAGCUCACAAGCAGCCCCUGUCAGAACGGGCAUAGAGUCCAUGACAGACCAAGUCACGCUCACGGACUACGAGGCACGGAGGUUACUCAACGCCAUAGUCAAGGAGUUUGUGCAGAUGACAACUGAAGAGCUGCAGCAGCAAGUGAAUGAAGGCAAUAGCAUUGAAAGACCCCUAACCAAGCGCUGCUCCAACCUCAGCACCUGCAUGCUGGGCAAACUGUCCCAGGACCUGCACAAAUUACAAACGUUCCCCCGCACAGACGUGGGCGCGGGCACACCUGGCAAGAAACGCAGCGCGCCCGAGAGCGAACGCUAUGCAAGCUACGGAGAGACACUUGAAAGCAUCUAACCCUUCGCCCUCCUCCUGUUCCCACUCUUUUUCACUUUUAAUUUGAAUGUCCUCCUGGUUUUAAAUCUCUGUGCAUGUAGAUUUUGCCUGCUUGAUUGACGUUAGAGCGGAUCUCCCAUCGCAACGCCCCCGUGAUUCUUUUCCUUCUUCUUUUGAUAAUUCCUUUCCCCUUUCGGCAGAGAAUGACGUUGUAUCUGUUUAGACAAUCGAAAUGAGAACUUAUCUAAAUUACAAUUAUUCAAAAGAAUGACUCGAAAUGUAUAGAUGUUUUUUUUCUGAGUGUAUAUUCAUAUAAUUUGACUGCGUUACAAAUUCCUCAAAUCUCCAAAUUCAUGAGAGAUAACCUACGUAUUAUUCGACCAUAAUAAAUGGUUUCUUUAUGCGGUACCAUGUUUCUUUUUCAAUAAACCUAUUUUUAU